CAGUGCGGCGGGGAGGAUGUUGCAGACUGCACCGGAAGUCGGGUGCUCGGCGCUGUCUGUCCCUCCACUUCCGGCGCUGAUAGUGCGAACUCACCCGGCCUGUGAAAGGAAGUAAACAUGGCGUCUGUAUGGGAUGAAACCGAGCAGGAUGGGGUGGGACAAGAAGUCCUCAAGAUGUCAACAGAAGAGAUUAUCCAGAGGACCCGACUCCUGGACAGCGAGAUCAAGAUCAUGAAGAGCGAAGUCCUGCGUGUGACACACGAGUUACAAGCCAUGAAAGACAAAAUCAAAGAAAACAGUGAGAAAAUCAAAGUGAACAAGACACUUCCUUAUCUGGUGUCCAAUGUCAUUGAGCUGCUGGAUGUUGAUCCUAAUGACCAGGAGGAAGAUGGCGCCAACAUUGAUCUUGAUUCGCAGAGAAAGGGAAAGUGUGCAGUAAUAAAAACCUCUACCCGACAGACAUACUUCUUGCCAGUGAUUGGUUUGGUUGAUGCCGAAAAGCUAAAACCUGGAGAUCUUGUGGGGGUGAAUAAGGAUUCCUAUCUCAUCCUGGAGACAUUGCCAACAGAAUAUGACUCGCGAGUUAAGGCUAUGGAGGUGGAUGAAAGGCCGACUGAGCAAUACAGUGAUAUUGGCGGUCUAGAUAAGCAGAUUCAAGAGCUGGUAGAGGCCAUCGUUCUACCCAUGAACCACAAGGAGAAGUUUGAGAACUUGGGAAUCCAGCCCCCUAAAGGUGUGCUCAUGUAUGGGCCCCCUGGGACAGGAAAGACCCUCCUAGCGAGAGCAUGUGCCGCACAGACUAAGGCCACUUUCUUGAAACUCGCUGGUCCUCAGUUAGUUCAAAUGUUUAUCGGAGAUGGAGCCAAGCUUGUCCGAGACGCCUUUGCCCUGGCCAAGGAGAAAGCGCCGUCUAUCAUUUUUAUUGAUGAGCUGGAUGCCAUUGGAACAAAAAGGUUUGACAGUGAAAAGGCUGGAGACCGAGAAGUGCAGAGAACCAUGUUGGAGCUUCUAAAUCAGCUGGAUGGUUUUCAACCCAACACCCAAGUUAAGGUAAUUGCUGCUACAAACCGCGUAGACAUCUUGGAUCCUGCGCUCCUCCGUUCGGGGCGUCUCGACAGGAAAAUUGAAUUCCCAAUGCCUAAUGAAGAGGCCCGCGCCAGAAUCAUGCAAAUUCAUUCCCGCAAGAUGAACGUUAGCCCUGAUGUCAAUUAUGAGGAGCUUGCGCGCUGUACUGAUGACUUCAACGGGGCACAAUGUAAAGCUGUGUGUGUGGAGGCGGGUAUGAUUGCUCUGCGCAGAGGUGCCACUGAGCUGACGCAUGAAGAUUACAUGGAAGGCAUCUUGGAAGUCCAAGCUAAGAAAAAGGCCAAUUUGCAGUACUACGCGUAGACCCCCCCCAACAUGGGGAAAUCGGUGGCGAGUCCCACUGUUGUGUCAGGACUGUUUACUUUGUGUUACAGGAAGGAAUAAAGCAGACCCCUUUAAAUCUA